AUGGCACACGAAGAGCACAACAUCAACUGGAACAUCCUAGCUGCUAACCUCAUCCACCGCUCUCCCUCCUACCCCGCGGCAGACCUAGUCUCCAAUCUGUACUUUCGGUUCAAACCUACGCAAGGGCGGGAAAUCGGCUCCUUUAUCGAAUCGUUCGUAAGGACUCUCGAAAAACAUACGCAGUGCGAGCGCCGCAAAUAUCCAGACCAGUACAAUCCCUUCACGCCGGACGAGCUGAUCCUGAACGACCACGUGGCGGAGCAAAUCCGCCCCCUCGCCUCCCGAUGGUGCAAGGCCUACAACUGGCCGCUGAAGGAUAAAAUCCGGGAGACGGACGGUCUGUGCCGGCAUGUCGACAGCGAGAGCUUUGCCUGUGGGUGUUCCCUGCCAUACCACGAACGGAGGGGAGCCGCUUUCCAGCGGUCGUUCCAUGACAACACUUGCUACGAGUUCUUCGCCGACAACACUGAGGUUUUCUACAAUUUGCAGGUGCUGAACGCACUCCUUGUUCUGGGGGAGAUGGACACCGUGCUGCGACUGUGCGCGCAACCGGAUAACAAUUUGGAGGAAUCGAUGCUUGUGCAGCAUUGUCGAUGUAUGAGCCCGGAUCUUGGCUGGGACCAAGUCUUCGAAGCUGCUUUGAACAUCUACCUCCUACUAAACAUCCUUUACUGCUUUCCCGAGCUCUGGGACUCAGCGUCCCGGCAGGCCCGAAACAAGAAAAGGAGCGAUGAGUACCGCGCCACGCGGAUGUAUCAGCGGACUGUCAAGAUCUGGACCCAUGACGGGUCGGAAAGCGACGUCUCUCGCCACCCUCACCGGCAAUUUUUCGGCCUGGAGGGGCAUUUUGGCUCCAGACUACAUGUCUCGCGCGGUUGGGAUCGGCCCGUCCUUGCCCAGCUGCGCGAGAAGGUGGCAAAGGACCGCUGGGGGCGUGAGACCACGCCGGAACAUAUAUCGGAGCUCUCUCUCUGGGACGAAUGUUUCCCGUACGGCAAACUGCCCUUUGAGGAGUUCUUGGCUUGCGGAAAGGGGGGAGCAGCCGGCGGCCAGCAUCAGGCCCGAAGCGCGGCCGACGUGGCGCGGGUCGAAGCAUAUCUUCGGGCGAAAAGGUUGCCGCAGGAGCUGGUUCUGCAGAUCACGGCCUGCACGGAGUAUAUUCGAUCGCGUUCGCAGCUCCCUGUGCCGCAUGAUCCACUUCAUCGACGGAACCGGACGCAGCUACGGCAGCAUUUGGACCACUGCUGGCAGAUUUUGGUGCGCUGCAAUAUGCUGGCGCGGGAACUGGGCACCAAGAUCGAUUGGGAGUACCGGUUGGUCGAUUCGCUGGACCGCAUGGUGUCGAGUCCGGUGGGGAUGAAUUUAUAUGAACGGGAGGCGCACGAGUCGGGUGAUUUCUGGCAGACGACGCUGAGGGGAGGUAGUGGUGAACUUCCGUACAGUAUCCCGGACUAG